GCGUCCGCAGAUAUGAAAGCACGCAAGGCGAGAGCUUGGUGUUUGAUUUGCCGCGAGAAACCGCAAACCGUGGAUUCCGACUCGAGUGACCAUGAGACCUCCGAGCGUAACGCGCGAAGCAACGCGGCAAAUAAAGAAGUAGAGAAUAAAACGGAGAACAAAUCGGCGGAGGUGGUAACUAGACCGGAGAACAACGAGCGGAAUAAAGUGGACAAUCAUCGAGAACCUAACGACGUUCCCUCCACAUCGACGGAACCAAACUACACGUACGACCUGUUGGUGAUUGGCGGAGGAUCCGGAGGUCUAGCAGCAGCUAAAGAAGCAGUGGGAUUAGGAGCAAAAGUAGCGGUUCUGGAUUAUGUGACUCCUUCACCUCUGGGUACCACUUGGGGUUUAGGUGGCACCUGUGUCAAUGUGGGAUGCAUACCAAAAAAAUUGAUGCAUCAGGCGGCGUUGCUCGGUGAAGCUAUUCAUGAAGCGUCAACGUUUGGUUGGCAGUUACCCGACCCCAAGACCAUAAAAAUUGAUUGGGAAGCCUUGAGAACUGCUGUGCAAAAUCACAUCAAGUCCGUUAACUGGGUCACUCGAGUGGAACUCAGAACAAAAAAUGUCGAGUACUUCAAUGCUCAGGGACACUUCAAGGAUCCGCACACGGUAGUUGGAGUUACCAAGAAAGGAGAGGAAAAAAUUUUGACAGCUAAGAAUAUAUUGAUCGCAGUGGGCGGUAGACCCAGAUAUCCAGACAUUCCGGGUGCUUUGGAGUACGGCAUAAGUAGCGAUGAUAUCUUCAGUUUGGAACGCGCUCCGGGAAAGACUCUUGUUGUCGGUGCCGGAUACAUCGGUCUGGAGUGCGCCGGCUUUCUGAAUGGCUUGGGUUACGACGCCACAAUUAUGGUUCGAUCGAUCGUGUUGCGCGGAUUUGAUCGGCAAAUGGCAGAACUCGUCGCCAAGGAGAUGGAGCAACGUGGCGUGCACUUCAUCUAUCAGGCGAAGCCCAAGAAGGUUGCGAAGCAAGACGACGGCCGUCUUCUCGUUGAUUGGGUCGACAAGGAUGGCCAAGUUCAUCAAGACGUGUACGACACCAUUCUGUUCGCCAUCGGUCGACGGGCGCUCACGCAGGAGUUGAAACCGGAAAACGCCGGUUUGAAACUCGUCCCGGAAACCGGCAAGAUUGAUGCGGUCAAUGAACAGUCAAACGUUCCAAACAUUUACGCGGUCGGCGAUGUGCUUCACAAAAAACCGGAACUAACGCCUGUUGCUAUACACGCGGGUAAACUACUAGCGAGAAGACUGUUCGGCGACUCGACCGUGAAGAUGGAUUACGUGAACGUCGCGACAACGGUGUUCAGUCCCUUGGAGUACGGAUGCGUCGGACUGAGCGAGGAAGCGGCGAUCGAGCAAUACGGUGAGGACGAGAUCGAGAUUUAUCACGCUUAUUACAAACCGACGGAAUUCUUCGUACCCCAGAAGAACGUCGAUCAGUGUUACGUGAAAGUCGUCGGGCUCCGAAACGGCGACGAGAAGGUGCUCGGAAUGCACUUCGUCGGGCCCAAUGCGGGCGAAGUGAUCCAAGGAUUCGCGGCUGCUAUCAAAUGCAACUUGACGGUACCGCAACUGAAGAGCACCGUCGGAAUUCAUCCGACGGUGGCGGAGGAGUUCACGCGCAUAAACAUCACCAAACGCUCGGGUCUGGACCCGAAGCCGCAGAGCUGCUGCAGUUAGAUCGCGUCCUUGCCUGUGGUCUUUCGCUCAGUUGCAUUUUUCGCACCGCGGUUAUUAUUAAAACCGAUUAUUUAUUAGGAUAUUAAUGCGGCCUGUGUACUCUUGUAUAUCAAGAAAAGAAAACAACAACUUUUCACACACCGGAGAGCACCGGAAUACCGCAGUAUUUUUUGCGUAAAAUAAAAUUACAU